AUGAGUGCGAGUAGCGGCAAGACGGCGGAUACGAUUGCGGAUACUGGCGUAGAGGCUCCUACGAAGCGACGGCCCGGUCGUCCACGUAUGAAGGACAGCCUGCCCGCGGAUCCAAACGAUAAUUCGCGUCGGUCUCGGAUGCGACUCGCUCAGCGGUCCUAUCGCAGCCGCAAAGAGAAUGAGCUCGCCACGACAAAGGCCCGGGCUGACGCCCUGCAAAAGGCCCUCAACAGCUCCCUGGACGAGUUCAUCCGCUUCCACGAGUUGUCAUCGGGCAAGGAGAAGGAUCUGCCGUCCGAGUUUGUGCUGCAGCUCAACAAGACGGCCAUGAACAUCAUGGCCAUCGCCCGGAGCGCCCAGACUGACGAGUGGCCGUCGUUUGACCAGGCCGACCGUCUGCUGGCCACCAUGACCGACUCCCACGGUAAGGACGACGACUCCAUCUACAUCCUCUCCCAGGAGGCGCGGGACGCUUCCAGCCACCACUACCUGCGGCCCAAGCCCGUGUCCAUCUCGCAGCGGCUGAUGCGGGCGUGUGUGGACCGCGCCGCAGACAUCCUCAACCUCACAAGCUCGCCCGUCAUGUGUCUGCUACCAGCCAUGCUUCUGCCGCUGCAGUUUGACCGCCGCGACAACCUGCUGUCGAGGACCAUGCGCUACAUCCACAUUGAAGACGAGGACCUCGAGCUCGACGCCGAGCACAGCCCCAUGGCCUCGAGGCAUCUGCCCAAGAUGCUGCGGCUGAUCGAGGGCCAAUCCAACUCCAUGGUGCCGCGGUUGGCGCCCCCGAACUUGCAGCGCCUGCAGUUUGGCCGCACGCGGACGGUGCUGUCCACGGCGCUGCCGGACCUGCAAGGGGAAUGGCUGGAGGCGUCGGACGUGGAAGAGUAUCUCGAGCAGCGGGGGAUUUUCAUCCGGCAAGACUCUCCAAACACUGACAUGCUGAACCUAGCAAUCCCCCUCGACGUCGGCCUGGCGGCGCAGACGACGGACCUCAACGAGGCCAACAGGCACAAUCCAGUCCGCCUGGUCCGGCAGACCAACCCAGCUCCUCUCACAUGCAGCAACAGCAACAGCACAGGCACGAACUUCAUCGACCCGUUGCUCAUGCCGGCCGACUCCUCCUCGUUCGAAACCUUCCCCGCUGCUAAUCCCGACUACACCGUCUUUGGCCAGCAGCGAGACGUCCAGGUCGUGCCGUCGGGCAUGAAGAUGUUUACGCCGACUUCGUGGACGACAGACGUCGACGCGCACGUCUUGCCGAUGGACAUGGCGAUGCACCACCAGAACAACCCGGAGCACAUCAACAUCAUGUUCAACCUGGACAACUUAAUAAUGCGGCUGGCGGCCAAGGCUGUGUGCUUGGGGCCGUGUCCGGGGAUAAGGAGGGGGCACGUUGAUGAGGCGAUUCGCGACUCGGUGGUUCAAAUGCCGCCGAUGUAG